UAUGGUUGUGUGUCAGUUUCGCUGGGUCCCGCGGUCGAUGCCGGCGAGGAGGGGGAUGGGCGCCACUGCAAAUGUUGAGGAUCUGAGAUAGAAUCACAGCCUUGUAACACAGAGAGCUGUACAUACCCCUUAUAAAUAUCUACUAUAAUUAAUAUAAAAUUGCAUAAUAAAUGGGUUCAACUAAGGGGGAUUCAAUAUAGACAAUCGAUGGAAGUACUGUGUUCAAUGCAGGACUGGAUUUAAAACUUUAACCCUCUGCGAAAGGGGCAUUAAGAAGUUUGCUUGGUAACCCUGGAGAGGGAGCUACAUUUCGGCUCACUGACAACAGGAAACACCGAGGUCGCAAAUAGAGGCCUAUUUGUCUGGGUUCAUCUUGAUGUGGGAAUAUUCCAAGCUUUACAGACAGCAAAACAGGAUACACCAUUUGAAUUUGAUUGGAAUGCCUCGCUAGGUCUCCCCAUGUCCGUGAGGUGCUGCCUGCGGCAUCGCGGCGCCCCACCUCAGGAGUGGUCUGUCGCUGCCAUUCGCAGCCCCUGAUCCUUCCCCCUUCCUCCUCCCUCUCCUCCUCCUCCCCCCCUCCCCCCUCCCCCCUUUCCUCCUCCUCCUCUCCCACCGUCCCUCCCCCUCCCCCUUUCCCCCCACUCCCCACGCGACGCUGUGCUGGACGUCAUGAGCAUAGCAAUCGCACUGGGAGUCACCACACCUGAGACACCCUACGCAGACAUGGCCGCCGGAUCAGACCCUGAGUCAGUUGAAGCGAGCCCUGCAGUGAACCAAAAGAGUUACUCCAACCACAGCUGUGGCAACGUUCAGAACCAUGGCUACCGCGGACUGCCCUAUGCUAUGCAACAGUCUUCCGUUGUGUGUUGUCAGGAUCACAACUACGGAGCCCCACCCCCUCCCACCCCUCCCGCCUCCCCACUCUCCCAGACCAUCAUCCCGCGGCUGGAGCUCAAUGGUGUGGCUCGCGGCCGCUACCAGUCCCCUCACGCCCACGCCCACUCCCACGCCCACCCCCGACCUGACCAGGAGCACUCGGCCGACAGCGAGACCUCGUCCGAGGAGGAGGAGGAGGAAGGUAGCGUGCCCAGCGCCUGGUGCCACUGCAGCCUGACGCAAGAUGGCUUCCUCAUCAAGUGCGAGAGCUGCAGGGGUCUAGAGAGGAGGAAAGCAUUAGACGGACAGCGCAGGAAAGCAGAGAAUGUGUCCGGUGGGGAGAGUAGUGGCACGGAGAGUGGGGACGAGGAAGUGUCGCCCUCCACGGUGUCGUACACGGCCACUCAGCACACACCCACCAGCAUCACGCUCACGGUCAACCGCGUCAAGCGAAGCAAGGCCAAGAAGAGGAAGAAGAGCACGGACAAGAGCCGCACCACACCCAAAGCCAAGAAGAUUAAGGCUUUCAGAGAGGGUUCCAGAAAAUCCAUGAGGAUGAAGAACUCCACGACGGAGGCGAAUGCGCUGGACGAGAACACGGUGGAGGGCUGGGAGACGCGGAUCCGCCAGUGGACAGACCAGUACGAGGAGGCCCUGGCCAACCAGUACAGCGCCGACGUGCAGACGCUGCUGCAGCUGGCCAAGCCCAGCUCGCCCGCCCCCUCACCCGACACCAUCAAUCGCACCGAGCUGGCCUGCAACAACACCGUGCUCAGCUCCCAGAUGCAGUUGCAGGUGGGCCGAGUGACGCGUGUACAGAAGCAUCGGAAGAUUCUACGGGCGGCACGGGACCUUGAGCCGGACACGCUAAUCAUCGAGUACCGUGGCAAGGUCAUGCUGAAGCAGCAGUUCGAGGUCAACGGGCAUUUCUUCAAAAAGCCCUACCCAUUUGUCCUGUUCUACUCCAAGUUCAAUGAUGUAGAGAUGUGUGUGGACGCCCGCACCUUUGGGAACGACGCCCGCUUCAUCAGGAGGUCCUGCACCCCCAACGCUGAGGUACGGCACAUGAUCUCAGAAGGGAUGAUCCACCUCUGCAUCUAUGCCGUCUCUCAGAUCACCAAGGACUCCGAAGUCACCAUUGGCUUCGAUUACGAGUUCAACAGCUGUAAUUACAAGGUGGACUGUGCAUGCCACAGGGGCAACCAGAACUGCCCGGUGCAGAAGCACAACCUGAGCCCGAUGGACAGCCUGCCGUCGCAGCCGGCGUCCGGUCCAGCGCUGCCCGUCCUCCCCGGUGCCGAGACCCGCCGGAGACGAGCCCGGCGGAGAGAGCUGGAGGGGGGAGGAGCCCCCACGGCCGGCUCUGACGACAGCAACCAGCAGCCCAAUGGAGACGCGCAGGACCGGGAGCAUGGAGCCAGCGAUGCAGAGGAUGGCCUGCUGGACGGAAUGAAGCAGGAAGAAGGAGAAGAGGGCGAACUGGACGACAACGGAGUCCUCAUAUCAAGCAGACGGUCCCGGGAGGACCGCGCUGCACUUGAGACCAUGGAGAGGCGGAGGCGGCGUGUGGUCCAGGGGGCCGCCGAUGAGCCCAAGCAGGAGCCCGGCGCCCCAGAGGAGGGAGAGGUGACGGGCCUGUCUCCCGCCGGCCCAAACCCCACGUCCAGCGCGGGAACCUCAGGGGGAGUCAGCACGCGACGCACCUCCUACGCAACGGAGGCCCCGGUAGAGACGGACAGUAAACCCGUGACCGCGGCACCAGCCACCCCCAAGCCCCCUCCGGCACGUUCCUCCAAGCCGCGGCCCAAGAGCCGCAUCUCGCGCUACCGCUCCGGCUCGGCCCAGCGGGCGCGGCGCCAACGCCAGGCACUGGCACAGCAGGCGGCGGAGGGCGCCGGAGGGGAGGACGGAGCGCCCGGGGCCUCUCAGGGCGACCUGGGCCAGGGCGAGGGGGCGCUCGGCGCAGGACAGGCGCAGGACGGUGAUGGCUACGGGGGAGCGGGCUCCGGAGCCCUGGGCAACAAGGCCAACCUGCGCUACCCCAAAACAAAGAAGUACCUGGUGACCGAGUGGCUCAACGACAAGAUCCCGGAGCGGGCGGAGCCGGAGGCGGAGCGUCCGCUGCGCAUCACGACAGACCCGACGGUGCUGGCCACCACGCUGAACAUGCUGCCGGGCCUUAGCCACGCCUCGCUCAUCUGCACCGCCCCCAAGCACUAUGUGCGCUUCGGCUCGCCCUUCACCCCCGAGCGCCGACGCAGGCCCCUGGCCGUCGACGCCUCCUACGGCUCCUGCAAAAAGAGGUGGAUAAAGCAGGCCCUGGACGAGAGCAAGUCCUCCUUGUCCCCGGAGGAUAGCGGCGUCUCCAGCUCUUCAAACCAAAGUAACGGCAGCUCCUACCACCCUUUUAAAGCCGAGUUGAGUGCGCCCUUCAAGAAACGAAAGUCCAAGCAUGCGCACGAGAUGUUGAGUUCGCCCCCCGACAGCAGUGCGUCCGGCAGUGACCUGUUGCUGCGGCCGCUGUCGCCCAUUACGCCACCGCCACCCUCGGACCCUGGGCACUCGCUGCGGCCAGCCCUCAGCACAUCCUGCGCCCUGUACCUGGGUGCCGAGGACGAGCAGCAGAACGGCGCCACCAUGCCCUACUCGCCCCUCACCUCGCUGCCCACCAGCCGCUGCAACACGCCGCUGCAGUUUGAGAACAUCUCAUCCCCAGAGGCUUCCCCAGUACACCGGCCAGAAUCUCUGUCUCCAGAGCCUUGCCUGCGGUCGGACUUUGACUCCAUUCGCAACGCUACCUUUCCUGACCUUUCCAUGACCUCCAGCUUGGACAGUCCUGUCCCGGUGCCCGAGGACUUCCCCGCCGUCUCCCCCUCACCCCUUAGUCUCUCCGGUGGAGGGACCCCCCUCACCCCGGUGUCCACGUCCGCCCCAGGCGACUCCUCAACGGGCACGCGGUCGGGCGAGUCCCAGGCUCGAGAGCAGGCAUUCAGGACAGAGUUCAAUCUCAUCUACGCGUGCUCUCCCCUCAACGCCAAUCUAGGGGAGGGCCUUGGCCCCCGCGGCCCCCUGACGGACAGGCGGCACUCCCAGUCGGAGGGCAGCUUCUCACCUGCGGAGUCCUACUUCGGCGCCGUGAGUGGCCAGGGGCUACUCUCGGAGACGGGGGCCGGGUCACUCUCACCCUAUCCAGAGCCACAUUACGGGGGCGGGUACCCAGACAGUGGCACCCCCCCUCACCCCAGCAACCCUCCCCAAAAGAAGAAGAGGGGGAACGUGAUCACCGUUAGUCAGCUGCCAGGCUGUCAGCCUGGUUACCAGGCCCUAGCUGUAAGAGGCCAUUGCAAGCCUAUGCAGAACAUGGUGUCGCUGCUGGAGUACCGCAAGCGGAAACAGGGAACCCGGGACACCGAGUCCGUCGGCUCCAUGGGGACCCCCACGCGUCCCAGCUCGCUGUGCCCCAGCACGGAGUCCCCUGGUGGGCCACGCUCGUUGCUGCAGCCCCCCACUUCCCCGCACAGCUCCUUCUCCUCGCCUGCACACCAGGCCUUCCCCCAGAUAGAGGAGGUCAGCCCCCCGGACCUCAGCUCCAGCUCCGGCUCCAGUGCGGGCUCAGGCCCUCGGCCACAGGAAGGCAUCUCCUGGAUCGUGCCCACGACAGUGGAGCGCCUGAGGGAGGGCCAGGGCGUGCUGGAGAGGGUGCUCCGGGGCAACCUCAAAAUGGAGCGAGCCCUCAAGAGGACUGACCCCGGUGACCAUGGAAACAGCAGAGACAAAGACGCAGACUCUGUGGAGACAGACCGGUAUGACCUCACCACAGCAUCACCCCUGAGAAGCCCGCACCCUUACAGCCCGUCUGUCUACCAGCACCAGCCUCACCUGUCGGAGCCCCAUGUGACCUCGGACAGCUCGGCCUCUCCGUUCCGCUCCUCGUACAGCCCCUCGCCGUCAUACCCGCGGCCGCUCGCCCAGGACCACGCCCCGCAGCCAACCCAGAGCACCCCUCCCACCUCCGCCUCUUCCUCCUCGUCCUCCUCAUCCUCCAUCUCGUCGCUGGACUCGUCCGUGAGCGGCACCUCCAGGCCUGUGGGUGGCGCUGUCCAGGAUGCCUCAUACCCCAGCAGCAGCCACCUGAAGGCCAGCCUGUUGAACAGCGGCCUGUUGUCAGCCUCGUCCAGCCCCCCGGUCCCUAGGAGCCAGUCCCACUCCAAAACAGACAUCAGUGUCGGUGGUGCUGGUUGUGGUGGUAGUGGCCUACUCACCGGGGGCGCGGCGUCCCACGCCUCCAGACUUGCCCAGCAGGGCUCGGGUUCGGGCCGCGGCAUUCAGGCAAACUCUCGGCUCUUGUCUGCCCCCAGCUCCCAGCACUACCCACCGCGAGGAGCGCCACUCAACCAGUUCCAGCACCCUCCCCUUCAGGGGUCAGGGGUACGGACACAGACAGGGAGCUACUAGGACCCUGCGUACGUGUGUGUGUGUGUGUGUGUGUGUGUAUGUAUGUGUGUGCUAAGAGUCAAAGAAAGAGAGGAUGGGUGUGUGUGUGUGUGUGUGUGAGAGGCCCUCCUCAGCUGCACCUGUGGAAGAGACUCUGGGUUGUGGGAGUGGCCAGUGUUCAAUGAGACUUGAGGAACAAGGACUCCUGUAUCCAUAAGUUGUUUUUUUCUUAAUUUUUUUCUCACAUUAUUUUCUUUCCUCUUUUUCACCAAAAAAUAAACUAAAUCACCACAAGCAUACUUGUAGGCUAACGUCAAAACGGACAUUUAUUAAAGAUGCGAAAGAAGAAUCAAGAGGAUUAAAAAAAAAAACUUUAGGAGUAUGGAGAAAAUGAGAACUCUUUAAGAAUCGUGUAUCAUUUUAAAUUUACCCGUUUGUUUAAAAAGGUAGACGGUAAAAUAUGUUUGUGUAAACACCUGUGAUAAUCUGAAACUGGCGCCGGUUCCGUUUGAUUCUGCUUAAUCACAGGUGCUGGAACUCAUCAGAAGAGUCUCUUUUGUGUUGUUUUUUUGUUGUUGUUGUUGUUGUUGUUGUUGUUGUUUUUAAACUCUGCUGCAGUUCCCUUACCACCCUACUCCACCAUUUGUCCCAGUCCAUUACUGAAACACAUAGCCAAGUGUCUGAAUCCUCCGUUCAGAACAGAGAAAUAUAUAUAGAUAUAUAUAUAUAUAUAUAUAUAUAUAUCUCAAUCUUUUUGGACAUAAAAAAGAACCAUGCCAGGUAAGACCAGCACAAGAGAGUGUGCUCUCUCGGAUCAUUCCAGUGCGGUUCUCCAGCGGCCUGUGUGUGCUCCCUCUCUUUCUCCCUCCUGAUCCUCCAAGCCCCAUGGACCUGUUUCCAGAGUGACACUGGUGUCCGGAUCUUUACUUGAUUUCUGUCCCCAGCUCCAGAUAGCUAAUCUGUUUUACUUGUAGCAACUCAAGAAUUGCUUUGUUAUACUUGACACACACACACACACACACACACACACACACACACACACACACACACACACACACACACGGAUCUAAUUAAUCCAUGGUGCUGCAGUUAUCUCUGGGUUUAGAGUUUGUUUGUUUUUCCUAUUGGAACUUUAUUUUCUUAGUGAUUUCCUGUUGUAUUCCAAGAUUUGCGAGACUUCAGCUGAUGCUCUGAUUAGACAGGAGCAAAAAACAAAAAAACAAGAGUCAUUGUCUUGGUGUGCUGGGAUGCUGUGGCAGAGGAACUGUAGUGCACUGCUUUUCCGAGGUUUGCCCCCGCCCCCGCUCCGUAUUCCUGUUUUGUUUUUGAAAACAAGAAUAGUUCUCCUCUAAUCCCUACACCUCCCCGACCAAUCUGAGCAUUCCACACGUCUGACACAAACAUGAGUGAAAAAAAGAAGGAAAAAAAAACAGAAAAUUAGAACUAAAUGUUAAGAAAGCUGCUGUGCUCUCAGUUGUACGUUUUCAUUCUUUUUUCGUUGUUUAGUUUUCUUUUUAAAGAAAAAAAAACGCAAGUGCUGCUUGUAGUUGUUUCCGUUUGUACAGAAUGCUGUACCUGCCUCAUGAAACGGAGAGAGUCGGGUUUGUUGGGGGAGACGCACUCUCUCCCUCACUCCCUCCAGUGAACGUCAAGGUCUCGUGCCAUGACCACUGCAUUGGGGAUUUAAAAAAAGAAGAGCAAGGAGAGACAACACCCAUCAUUUGAGACUGAAUGGACAUCCCCCCCAUCCAGGGUUCCUACCAAGGAUAUGGACCUGUUGAUGUAACAGCAGACACAGGCUGGAGGACCGCAUUAGUGUCUCGGAGAUUGAACGGGAAUAUUCAAAAAGAAUACUUUUUUGUUCUAUUUUUUUUUUUUCUAGUUCUUGGAUACGUUUGAGGAUCCCCAUCAAGCUUUCGGGAGGGGUGGACUGGGUAGUAGGUGAACAGGACUGGAUUUUCACCGUCUGCCCCCACCAACCCACCCCCCCCCCCGUCUUCACUUCCCCUCCUUCUGACCCAGUUACCUAAAGACUCAAGGGUACUCACUGGUUAACAUGAAUGUUUCUCUCUUUCACAAAACACUUUUGAGUUAAAAAAAAAUGAAAUACGUAUUGAAAUGGACACGAUGAUGCAAAUGUUGACUUUUGUGACACGGGGGUUCUAAAAAAGAAAAAAGAAUAACAGACCAGCACCUUAAUGACAAACAAAGCAAAAUCCCAGAACGUAUGAUCAUGUGUACUUGUAUAAAAACGUGUUAUAUACUGUUCCAAGAAAAUAUAGUACACUAAAGUUGCCGCAUGAUUAGUUUUCUUUCCCCUUCUUGUUCUGGGGGGGGGGGGGUUGGGGGUGGGGUAACACUGGGUGUGGUAUUGAAGGGCGGGGCUAAGACUGGGUGUGGUAUUGAAGGGCGGGGCUAAGACUGCCUGGUUUGUACUUCUCCCCUCCCCUUCCUGUCUCUUGAAACUGGACAGAUUACUUCCUUUUUUUCAAAGGAUUUUUUUUUUUUUAACUUCAAACAUAGUAAUAAAUAUUUGGUAUCUACCCCCAUACCAACAAGACAACAGUACUGAUCAGAUGAGAUGUAUCAAUGCAUUUUGAUAAUAAAAUACUCACGAUGACAACAUUCUAGUUUUAAAA